AUGAUCAUUCAGGGACGUGAUCAAUCUAUCCAGGAUCACUUCAGUGUGGAAGUGUCGUAUGCGACAUGUUGGAGAGGGAAACAACAAGCUGUUGCGGAUUUGCGUGAUAGUCUCGAGGAAGGAUACAAAAGAUUGCCUUCUUAUUUGUAUAUGUUAGAGAAGGUGAACCCAAAUACAAAAACAAGUUUGUUAUUGGAUGAAAACAAAAGGUUCAAAUACCUAUUGGUUACGUUGGGAGCUUCUAUUCAAGAGUUUGAAUACAUGAGGAAAGUCAUCACUGUGGAUGCAACUUUUCUGAAGACUGUUGAAGGUGGUGUUUUAAUUAUUGCCACGGCUCAGGAUCCAAACCAUCACCAUUAUCCUAUAGCUUUUAUUGUUGUUGAUGGGGAGAAAAAGACAGAAAUCCAAGUCUCAUUAAAGCCGUUACUGAAGUGUAUCCGAUGUCUAAACAUGGAGGCAGAGUUUGAACAGAAGUAUCAAGACUUUAGGGAGAGGUAUCCAUCGUGUGCUACGUAUCUUGAUAAAAGUGUCGAUGUCAAAAAAUGGGCGAAGUGUCAUUUCCCCGAUGCAAGGUACAACAUAGACACUUCUAAUUGUGCGGAAUCUUUGAAUGCGUUAUUUGAAAAGGCACAAAAGAUGUCUUUACUGCCUAUGCUUGAUACAGUUAUUGAUAAAAUGGCUGAGUGGUUCAACAGACAUAGGAAGGAUGCAGCAGCCGGACCGUCAUCUCGAAAAUUGGUUCCUUUAGUGGAGAACAAAAUGCAUAAGAGAGUACCGAAAAGUGAAAAACUUACAGUGACUCCGCUGAACACUUUUAAGCUUGAAUACAGUGUUAUUGGAAAAGACGGGAAGACUUAUUUGGUGGAUUUGCAGAAUGAAACGUGCAGUUUAACGAUGUUUGAUAUAGAUAGAUACCCAUGUGUCCAUGCAAUAGGCGCUGCCGUUAAGUGUUAG